AUGAAUACUGCAAUAAAUCAUGUUGAAUCAAGCAACAAUGGCCUCAAAGUAGUUGAUGGGAUUAAUUAUCAGGAUGGAACAAUUUUAUUAAGAUUGUUGAAUCCUUUAAAUUACUGUAAUGAGAAUACAAUCUAUUUACGAUUAGUCCAUACAAAUGAAACUGUUAGAACUUUAAAUUUAAAUAAUUUGAACAUUCCAUGGGAAAAUUUUUGCUACAAACUUGCAUUGGUUGCUAAUAGUAAACAAAGUAGUGGUGGUAGCAGUAGUGGUGAUAGCAUUACAAUAAAUGCUAUAGCUUAUCAAUACAUAUUAAUAAAUUAUUUUUGUAAUCGUUCCAUUUCUAAUAAAGUUUGUGGUGAUGUCGUUACUUGGACUGGUGAAUUAGUAAGUAAUAUUGAAUUUGAGAAUGUAUGUGAUGACAGUAUAAUUAUUCAAAGCCAUAAAAAAGAUGAUGGAUUUUUGCGUGUGUGUUAUGUUAAAGAUACAAAAGAAAUCAUUUGGACAAAAUACAGUGUACCAAAUAUUUCUACUGGUACAAUAUUAGAAACUUCUACUGGAAAAUUAACAGAUAUAACCAACUUUAACCCAAACAUUACAAAGUUCUUUUCAAGAGAAGAUGGAAGUUAUGCCAUGGUAACUUGUACAACUGACACAAAAACAACUACUGAUAGUAAUCAAUUUACUGGAGAUUGGACAAUUGCUGUAACAUUUUUAUCGGUUGAUGAUAGUUUGCAACUAACAGGCCCUUUUGAAUUAUAUAAAAGUAAAACAAGUGGUAGUGGUUUGAUUGAUAUUGUUAAUAUUCAUAGGUGUGAUCUCGCCUAUUACUUUUCAGGAUACAGUUGUCUGAUUACAAUUGUUAGAUCAACAAACAUAUCAUUUAUAGAUAUUGAUUUCACAUCUUCUGGUAACUUGUAUUCGGUAACACCAGAAUUUUCAAUUGCUCAAAUUUCAAAUACAACAACAACAAUAUGGGAUGUUCAAACAUUGUAUUAUGGUGGAUAUGUUAUUUUAGUAGAGACUGUUCCGACUGGUAAUCUUGAAGGACACAUUUGUAGUAAUAAUGGCACCUAUUUUGGAAAUUGGAGCUUCUCAAGCCAAUAUCAAUACACUAAUAAAAUUGUAGGGGUUCUGCCUGAUAAUACACUAUGGACAAUACCUAAACAACCAACUGACGAUUAUUCUUGGACAUGUUUAUUGACCGAUGCUUUAACCAAUUAUAGUACAGUUCAAGGUAAUAAUGGUAGUUUCAAUAUUAUUAGUGGGUUUCCUGGUGGUCCUGGAGGUUAUGGAUCUGAUAGUAUAUUGUCAACAGUUCCAGAAAAAAAUUCAAGCAUAAUUUCUGCAAAUACUGAUUCAAUCACAAUAACUUAUACUAAAUCAGUUAAAAAAUCAUCAGGAAAUAUUAAUAUUUACCAAUUACGUUCUAGCACAAACAUUGAUAUUAAUAACAAUGAUGAUUACUAUGAUGAGCGUGAAGAUUUAUUGCGUCAAUCAUGCUCUGGUCAAUCUGAUUAUGUUCAAAUCGAAGGUAACACUGUUCAAGUCAAAGUUUUAAAAAGUACCUUUAAUAGCCCCGGAAGUGAAUAUUAUGUGACUAUUGAAGAUGAUUUUGUUAAAGAUUCUAUAACUAAUCAAAAUCUUUUUGGCAUAAAGCCAAAAAUAUGGGAUUUUAAUACAGAGGGUACAACAUAUUACACAUCAUUAUCAAUAAAUGAUCAAUUGGAUUUUGUUGGCAAAUUGUCAAAUGAAUUAUCCAAUUCACUUCCAUGUGAUGUAGCACGUAUAAAAAUAUCAACAAAAUAUCAAUAUAGUCAUAACAACCAUGAUAGUAUCAAUGAUAAUCUUAGUAAGAUCAUAUUCAAAAAUUAUGAAAUGAAUAUCACAACUAAUUCAACUGAUCAGAUAUUUAUGAGAAUUGAUAUUGAGGGGACAUCAUCAAUAACAGAAUUGAGUGCAAUACAAUUAGCAAGUGAUUUGAAUGAAUUGAUAAUAAAUAAAAAUGCUACGUUAUUAUCUAAAGGAUUAUAUACUAAUUUGAUUGAUUCUGGUUACGGGGCUGAACAACUAGACAGUUCCAAGGAGAAUUUUAGAUGGAUUUUCAUGAUAAUAUUUAUUGGAUUAUUGUUGAUAGUGUUGAUUAUUUUAUGUAUAUUAAUAGGAACUCGUAGAUAUAAAUCGGCACAAAGCUUUUUGGCAACUACUAUGUUCAUAUUUAUCACAACAGAUUUUUGUUUGGAUAUUGUCUUUGUAUCUAUACAUGGAAAAGAUUUCAAAUGGUUAUAUCUUUCAAGUGAUGAUAAAUUGAUAUUUAUUGGUAGAGUGUUUAGCUUGAUGGUUGAAGAUAGUGUUCAUUUAAUUAUUUUGAUAUUGUAUCAAGAACUUUCGAUAACUCCAGCUAUAAUACCAAUGUUAUCUUUUAGUGCAUCCACAACUGUAUUGACACUCAAUUUUGGCAGUAUUAUUGGUGGUGAUAGUAGUGGGCGUGAUGAAUAUGAUGAUAGGAAAUUAAUUAUCGAUAACAAAAAAAGUGGCAGUAGUAGAAGAAAGAAAAGUUCUAGUAUUAGUAGAAAGGGUAGCACUGAUGAUACUUAUAGCAGUUCUGAGAAAAAGAGGAGGAGGAGUAGCAAAAGUAAUAAGGAUAAAGAAAUAACAUCAAUGUUUGAUGAAGAUUAUAAAAAAUCAAGAUCCAUUAAUAAAGAAAAGAACGUUGCCCCUGAUAGUAAUGAUGAUACUAAUGUUGCCAAUAUAUUAUUUUCAUCGCCAAUACUAUUAGAUACACCAACAUCCAAUAUUGGCAGUGAUCCAAAAAGUAGUGAAUCAGAAGCAACAAAUGGCAAGGACAUUGACGAUAACAGUAGUAAUAGUAAUAGUGAUUCUCAGAGACCUGAAGAUAGUGAUUAUGAAAAUCAAGGUGAAUCUGUUGCAAUUUAUAAAAACAUCACAAGUGGAAUAUUAGAAAAUGAAGAAGUUGGUAAAUCAUCAACACCUAAUAUAUCACUUGAUACAUCAUCAUCCGCAUCAACAAAAUUAAGCACCACCCCGUAA